GUUGUUUUUGUUUUCGAAGUGAGCGGACGCGUGGGCGGAUCGUCGCAAAAUAAUUUUGAAAUAAAUAUACAAGAUAUUCGUUUUGGAAAACUCUAAAAAAUUUGAAAAUAUUCAAGUGCGCGAACGGUGUUAAAAAUCAAGGAAGUGAAAUAAGCAAUAGAAUUUUCGCAAGAAAUAUAAUUUUCUGCGAAGGUUCACGACGGUUUAGCAAAAUUGGAAUUAAUUAAUGCAAAAUAAUAAUAAAUAAAUAAUAUUCCAACGCAUAUUCGAGUGGAAAACGGGUGAAUAUCUUGUGAUUGUGAUUGUGUGUGUCUGUGAGUGCGCUUUUUGGUUUCCCUUGCGCUGACGCUGACUGCGACUGCGCGCAGCCUCCAAGAAAAGCAAAAAUGUAAAGAAGGAAAAAUUUUUGCAGUGUUUGGUUUUUUUUUGUUGUGGUUUUCUUCUAUUUGCUGAAUGUGGAUUACAUUAACAAUUGGAACAAUUGGAAUAUACAUAGUUUUGGCGUCAAAAAACGGUUAGCCUAUACAAAGAAAUAUACACACACACACACACACACACACACACAGAGAAGCGGCAAUAUAUAAACGACGUCACACUGGAGUCACAAAAUACCAUAAACAUUCCGAAAAGAACUACAAGUUAAAUAUCCAUCCCUUCCCCAAUUCCCCGCAGUAUGUCACAUGAUAAGAAAAUGUUGGAUCGCGAGGCAGUACGUUCAGUGAUACAACAAUGGAAUGCCAAUCGUUUGGAUCUCUUUGCUCUCUCCGAGCCCGACGAGAAUCUUCUUUUCCAUGGUGUGAUGAGAUUUUAUUUUCAAGAUGCUGGACAAAAAGUGGCAACCAAAUGCAUACGUGUGGCAUCCGAUGCCACAGUGACCGAUGUUAUAGACACACUAAUCGAGAAAUUUCGGCCCGAUAUGCGUAUGCUAUCAGUACCAAAUUAUGCUCUAUACGAAGUCCAUGCCAAUGGAGAGGAGCGACGUUUAAAUGCCGAUGAGAAGCCUCUUCUAGUGCAGCUCAAUUGGCAUAUAGACGAUCGUGAAGGUCGAUUUCUGCUCAAGAAUAUCGAUCAGAAGACCACACCCAUCGAACAGACAGAUUUGAAUUUUAAACGUAAACUAUCGAAACGAGAGAAGAAGGAGCAAAAGAAGAAAGAGAAAAUGGCAAAACUAAGCUCUGAUCAACCGCUUGCCAAUGGCAAUCAAUCGGGUAUGGGCAAUGGCCUUGGUGGAGGAUCAGGAGCAGCAGGAUCAAUAGCUGCAGCUGGCGGCAAUUCGAGUCACAUGAACGGUCAUGCCGGAGGAGCAGGUGGUGUAGGCGAUCCAGAUGCAGUAGCUGGCAAAUUAUAUACCGAAUUGCCAGAAACCUCAUUCACACGUUCGAUCUCAAAUCCCGAGGCUGUCAUGCGUCGACGGCGGCAACAGAAAUUGGAAAAGAAAUUGCAACAAUUUCGUUCACGUGACGGUGGACCGGACACUGGUGGCACCUUGAAAAUCUACGGUGAAAGCCUUUGCCAGGAUGUGCCCUAUAAAACGUUGUUACUCUCCAUACGAGAUUGCGCCCAGGCUGUAGUUAGAGAAAUGUUGACCAAAUAUGGCUUGGAGAAGUCAGAUCCUCUACUCUACUGUUUGGUUCAGGUCAAUAGUGAUGGCUCCGAGUAUAUACUCGAUGACGACGAGUGCCCACUAUCAAUACUAAUGAAUCAUCCAACGUCUCGAGGUUCCAUUAUGUUUCAUGUGCGGCGUCGGCCGGCGGAUUCACAGCCCAGGAGACGUAAGAAAAAACCCUUGGGCACUUCGAAUGGGGCUAAUCAUAUGUCCGGUGAUCGUGAGGGACCUGUCUUGGUUGAAGUGACACACAGCGGCGAUGGUGGACGACGCAUCAAGCUGGGCAGCGAUCCGGUUGAGGUUGGUUCGGCCAAUACGAAUUGCCUGCAACUCUUUGGACCAUCCAUACAGCCGAGGCAUUGCCUCAUCUCACUGCAUGAGGGGGUCUGUACAGUGACGCCUCUGCACACGGAUGCUCUGACAUUUGUGAAUGGCCAUCAUAUAAGUCAACCGACCAUUUUGCAUAACGGUUCGGUUGUUAUGUUUGGACGUGUGGCCUCAUAUCGCUUUCUGGACUCACCCACAGAUGGUCGCUACAAUUUGGCCCUCUCGCAAUCCCAAUUGGACUCGGCAUGUCUUUACGAAAGCCGCUCACCCACCUCGCCGGGUUCCUGGAAUGAUGAGGAUGGAGCUUUGAGUUCGACCCAUAAAAGUGAAUAUGAUCAUCAUCACCAUCAGCAGCAACAUCAGCAGCAGCAGCAGCAGCAACAUCAACAGCAAUCAGUAUCAUCGAUGGCGAAUCAAUCAUCUAUAAGUGGCUUUCAUCUCAGCAACGUCACCGAGCCACAGCAGCAUCCAUUGAAUUCUCUACGUGAUGUGGUAGACAGUAAGCAUACUCAACAGGAUCAGCAGGUGGGCUUGGGCAACAAUUCUUCCAAUGCCUUUGAUGGCCAAAGUCUCGAAGGCAAUCUGGAGAAUGAAACCAAAUCAAUAUCGAGCAUGAAAUCAGGUGGUUCCAAUAGUCAAGAUAGAUCCCCAAAAAUGCCAGGCUCUGGCCUUUUAGCUGGCGCCGGAGGCGGUUCUGCUGGAGACGGCCAAGGACAGGAACCGAUUUUGCCGGCUGUUUUGGAAUUCCCCGAAACGCAUCAGGAAUUGUUUCUACGUCACAUUAUAAGCGAAUUGGAUGUGAAUAUUCCACAUUUUAAAUUGGCUCCAGUUUAUUCACUUUACCUGUGUGCCAGAUAUCGCGCCUCCACUCAUUACCGUCCAGAACUUCAACCUACGGAGCGUGCCCAUAAGCUGACCAUAUUCUUGCAUCAUGUGGCCAAUUUGGUUUACAGUGUGGUCCAAGAGCAAUACACUGAUCCCAGAAUAUUGGCAUUUUGGAUGGCAAACAGUUCGGAAUUCUUGCAUUUUCUUAAAUCAGAUCGACACAUCAGUGCGUUUAGUGUCCAGGCCCAAGAGGUCCUGGCCGAAGCCGUGCAGACGGCCUUCCGCAAUUUGGUCAAUUGCUUUCGCCUGGAAUUGUCGCAGACUUUGAAUCAAUUUCUAUCGGAGACCAUAGAUCAUGAUUCGGCUGCGGGAUUAGUAUUGACUGUUCUGGGUUCAGCUAUGGCUCUGUUGAGACGUUGUCGCGUCAAUGCCGCCUUGACCAUCCAGUUAUUCUCGCAACUUUUCCACUAUAUUAAUGUCAUAUGUUUCAAUACGAUUGUGGCCAAUUCGCAUAUGUGCACUGGAGAUUGGGGCAAGGUGAUGAUUGAGCGAUUGCAAUUGCUAGAACUAUGGGCGGAACGGCAAGGAUUGGAAUUGGCUGCCGAUUGCCAUUUGGCUAAGAUAAACCAGUGCGCUCAGUUUCUUCAGGCGCCCAAGUCAUCUGUGGAGGAAAUCCAACAAUUGGCAUGCUCAUGCUUCCGCCUGAAUUCUCUGCAAAUGGCCGCUUUGUUGCAGCAAGAGAAGAUACCACGAAAUCUAGUGGACACCGCGAUUCGAAUGGCUGAAUCGGUGGCUGAUGAGCUAACCCGCGCCGAUGGCCGAGAAGUGCGUCUCGAGGAGUCACCCGAAUUGCAUUUGGCACUUUUAUUGCCCGACGAUGGCUUUAGCUGUGAUGUCGUUCGUGGCAUACCGACUGGCCUGGUUGAUUUUCUCAAUCCUCUGCAACAGCAGGGCAUGUGCCGAUUGGCGGCACAGCCCACAUCAAUUGGUCUUUGGACUGUCUACAUGCAUCAGUUUAAUGCACGCAGUUCCAGCUCAAUGUCCAAUAAGUUACCCCAACCGGAAAUACAAUUGAUUAAAUUGCAUAAGAAUAGCAAUGGCAUGGGUCUUUCAAUUGUGGCGGCCAAAGGAGCUGGCCAAGAGCGUCUGGGCAUAUAUAUUAAGAGUGUGGUGCCCGGCGGAGCAGCCGAUGCCGAUGGACGAUUGCAAGCGGGAGACCAACUCUUACGAGUCGAUGGUCAAAGUCUAAUAGGCAUUACCCAAGAAAGGGCUGCUGAUUAUUUGGUACGAACUGGUCCAAUAGUCAGUUUGGAAGUGGCCAAACAGGGUGCCAUUUAUCAUGGCCUGGCCACGCUGCUUCAACAACCAAGCCCAGUUAUUCAGCGUGGUAAUCGACGCAUGUCCGAGCGGGAUCUAACUCGCAUGGGUGGCGCCGAAUCAACAAAAUCUCUCGGCGGCAUCGGUGGCCAUGCCACCGCACAUAGCCUAAGUCUCAGCCAGCACUUGAACAACAGUCACAGCAUCAGCAACAGUAAUAGUAGCAUCCUUAAUCCCUUAGCUGCACACCUGCCCAAUAGCAAAUCGGUGCCGGCUUUGCAUCAUCAUACGGGAUCUGGUACCAUAUCUUUGGCCAAUUCCAAAUCACGCAGCACGCACAGUUUACAUAACAACACAUCAGCAGGAGGAGCAGCGGCAGCAACUGGAACAACAAUGGGCAUAGGAGGCGUUGGAGUAGGAGGUCAGCCAAAUGGCAAUGGCCACAACAUGGCAAAUGGAAUGGGAAAUGGUUUGGGGAAUGCAAAUGGCAAUGGCAAUGGCAACGAACAAGGCUUCUAUCAAAAUUUGAGCGUGUACCGUGCACAAAAUCAAAGCCAACCGAUGCUAAACGAAAGACCGCCCAUGUCCUCAAAUGCCGCCAUGAGCAAUUACAAUGGCAAUUCCCCGCUUGUCGCCGCCGGCACACUGUCACCUCAACAACAUCAGCCUACGCCGUACCAGCAACAACUUGGUAAUCUGCCACCCAGUCGUCCAGUUUCCGCUUACUAUCAUAGUCAACAAACAGCCCAGCAGCAGCUUCAACAACAACAACAACAGCAGCAGCAACAACAACAUGCCCUGCAGCAGCAACAAUUUGCACAUAGCAGCAGCAAUUUGAAUGGCCAACAGCAGCAACAACAGCUCACCUUAAACAAUCGUGGCAAAAGCCAGCCAAAUUUUCAACAUACUUUACGCAUGCAGCAAAUGAUGGCUCCUUCAAUGCCAAACAUAAGCCAUAUGUAUCAGCAGCAGCAGCAACAACAACAACAACAUCAUCCUUUGCAUCAACAACAACAGGGGCAACAACAGCAACUGCCUCCCAUGAGCAGUAGCCAAAGUAUGCAAAAUGUCAAUGACUUUGCCGGAGGCUAUCCAAAUGGCGUACUCGAAUAUCAUCAAGCCCGACGCAGUCAGCUCCAUGAACCGCAGCCAGCAACACUGUAUGAACAACAGCAACCUUCACCCAAUUUCAUCACAUUGCCACCGAAACCGCUGGGUGGAGCACUUCAGUCGCCGAAUAAACCGAGUGCUUUGCCACCCUCAACUGCCCCGAAGCCGCAACAGCAACAGCAGCAGAGAUUAUCCCAUCAUGUGAUGGGUGAGGAUAAGCCACCAUUACCACCAACUGCCACACAUCCCUUGUACAAGGCCACCCAGCAGAUAGCGCCCGGCAUGAAUUAUGUGGCCAGCACUUUGGAUCCACCCAAGGGAAGUUAUGUGCCUGGAGGUAAUCCACUGCAGGCGAAUCGUCCAUCCCAGCAUACUGGCAGCAAUCCAUGGGAACGUGAGGAGCGUGAAAAGGAUUUGGAAAUGCGACGAGAGCACAUACGUCAGUGGCGAGAACAGCAAAUUAAUGAAUUGAGUCAAUUGAUUUCACGCUCUCCUCAACAAGAAGAGCAACUGAAGACCUUGAUUCUGGAACGUGACUUUGAGCGGCGGGCGCAGGAACUGCAGGAGCAAGAGGAUCAGGAUCAAGAGCAGCAAUACGACAAGGAGAAUAAUGUGCAAGAGUUGAUACGUUUGGCACAUGGACAACAGCAACAGCUUUCGAGUGCCAUACAAACACCACUGACCACAUAUCGCCAGACGGAAAUUAAGCUAGCUGAGAUUACUGAGUCGAGUAACGGAUCUGGAGCAGGAGCCGGAUCAGUGCCAAUGGCAGAGAUGUCACAACCACCACCACCGCCACCAGUUUCGCAGCAAACUCAACCCAAGAGCAUACUCAAGCAUAAUCGUUAUUCCGAGGGAGGAGCUGGUGGCCUAGGCGGCACCACUGCCCCCUCAUCGCCCUCCAAGUCGCAAAAGUCAGCAAGUUUUGCCGAUGAACGUCACUUGCAUACCGAGCAUCCCAUAUCCAGUUUGGCCAAGGAAAUGACUCAUCUCUCCAUGUUGGAUAAGGAUAACAAUAAUGAGCAAUUGGAUUCUGCUACAGUCCCUCCACCACCGCCGCCAGAACGUAAUAGUUCGUAUCUGAUAAUGUCACAGCAAAAACUGAGAGGUGGAACUGGUAAUACUUCAUCCACAACCAACACAACCACGUCCACAUCCAUGGGUCUUUUAAAGACGGCAAGCAAUAAUCUGGAGAUUAAAAAGGCUUCUCUAUUGAAUACCCAGAAUAAUAAUAAUCAUAAUUUAACCAACAACAACAAUAAUAAUAACACAAUGCAGGCAUCUCCAAUCAGUGCCAUGGAAUUGAAUGCUGCCUAUGUAUCGGCCAGCAGUGGAAUGAUUCAGGGACUGGGUUUGGGAUUGGGGGGAACACCACCACCCCCUUUGCCACCUCAAAUGCAGAGGGACAACAAAAGAGUGAGCUUCCAUGACGAGGAUAACACUGCCCAGCAACAGCAACAGCAGCAGCAACAACAAUAUAUGAUUGAUAACUAUGGAUUGGAGCACUUGGAUUUGGAUACCAUUAGGGAAGAUUCCAGUUAUAAUAUUGAUGCCUCCAUGCUGCCUUCAAUGCCAUCGACACCAGAUGUAGCCCUCUGGAAUACCACAGUGCAAUCCACUCCUGGAGUUAUUGGUGCCCAAGAGGUCUAUAGAGAUCCACGUCAAAGGCGUUUGGCGGAGAAGCAGCAACAGCAGCAACAACAACGAGCUGGUGAUGGUGUGCCCGAGAAGUUGUCAUUCAAGGAGAAGAUGAAAAUGUUUGCUCUGGAAUCUGGCGAAGAUAAUACGCCCAAGGAUAAAUUGAAAAUAUCCCGGGCCCAGCGAGAUAUUGAUGCCGUGCACUGAACGUAAAGCGAGUCACCACAUCCAUUUGCUGUCAUGUACAUAACCGAUAACCGAAACCUUCAUUCACUUCAAUAUUUUUGAAAGGGGCCAAGUUAAAACCACAACCCUAUAAAUAUACAAAAUACAUCAAUUUAUAUAUAUAUACAUAUAGAAUUGGAAAUCCUAACGAAUUUUGCUAAGCACUUAUAGUUACAUAUAAAUGGCGUUACAUUAGCAACCACUAAAAACAACAAGAACAACAAACAAACAAAACAAAACAAAACAAAAGAAAAGAAAAAUUGUUAAAUGAAUUCAAUUAGCGAAAAGAAGAAUCAAAUUAUAACAUAUACAUAUAUCUAUGAUUAAGUGAAAUACAAUACUAUAACGACAGCCUAGACAAGGGCAACGAACGAGUUGGGCGAGCCACAUUUGUAAAGCGUUUUAAACAAAGUACAUACAUAAAUCGA